AUGAUGUUUGUGUCUUGGUCAGACCAGAACAACAUUCUCAUCUACCGGACAUUCGAAGAUUUUAAGAGGUUCCAUAAAGAACUGAAGAAAAAGUUCCCCAUCGAGAGUGGCUCAGUCAGGAGCUCUGACCGGACCAUACCCAGGUUUAGAGAUGCAAAUGUGAAGCACAGGAAGAGUGGGAAGCUGAAGAGGUGCCUGGAGAUACUGAAGCUGCUGGAAACUUACUGCCAGGAGCUGCUGAAAACAGAUGCUAAAAUUUCCCAGGGUGAAGAUGUGAUUCAGUUUUUCAAGGCACAGACCCAAGACCUAGAUCCCUCCUUUCCUGAAAACAGUGUUGUGAUCAUGCCAUCAGAAAUUGGAGCAAAAAGCCAGGGACAGCAGCAGCUCUCCUCCAUCACCCACCCCCAGGCAUCCCAGAGCUACAGAUGCAUCGAAACCUUUGAAACCAAGGACACCAAGAACAAACCUUUCAAAGCCACUGAGAAGGAAAUCCUUGAAGUGCUCAUCAAGGACAUGACUGGAUGGUGGCUAGUGGAAAAUGCUGACAAGCAGAUAGCCUGGUUCCCAGCCUCCUACCUGGAAGAGAUUGACAUCCACAGGGACAUCCAGAACGCCCUGAGCUCAAAUGAGGAGGUCCCUGCCUGGAGCUCUGACUCCUCUGACCAGCUCCACCUCCCUGAGCACACCGGUCACGGGGACCCUCGGGCUGAGGAGAUGCUGGGACCCAGGGAGGGAGGCACCUUCUCCAGGAGAUACAACGGCUGUACUGGCUACAUGCCCUCCAUGUGUCUCCAGCCCUACAAGAAUCCUCACCACAAGCUCCAGAGCAUCAUACACUCUGGGCUCAACGUCUCCACCCCGAACCUCUGCUCCUCGAUCGCUCCCCAGCCCCAGGGGGAGGCCCUGGGACGUCGCAGGGUGCAGGCUCACUCUGCCCUUCACCAGACCGAAGAGGACGUGAGCUCUCUGAGAAGCAGAUCGAGGUCUCUGCCCGGGGCCAGCUCCACCUCAGACCUGGAGUCUGACAGCUCUUCCCUCAGCUCGGGGAGCAGCGGCGAGCGGGACGGCCGGCUGAGCUGGAAGCCUGACUUGUCGAGAUCUCUGCCUGAAGUGGAACAGGCCAGGAGCUCCCUCCUGGGCCGUGCCUCGGCCACGCACAGCAGCAAGGCUCCCCACCUCACCCCCAAGGAUAGGAACGAUUCUGGCUUCGUGGAGUCAUCUGCAGCUGACCUAAGCUGCUCCCUGACCGACCCCGACUCGGCCACAAGCGUCCCCAAGGUGCCCGCGCGGCCCUCGGCCCACGAGAUCCUCCAGAGGUGCAGCACGGUCACAAAGAGAGCCCUGCAGCAGUCCUCCUCCCGGCCUGCCCUCCAGGCCCUGCUCCCCCUGCCCGGGGUGCACUGA